ACACGCCCUUCUCAUUUCUUGUGGUGUAGCAACAAGCACAAUGGCUAGAGCUUGUAGCUCUGGUCCUGCUAUAAUUCCAGGAGUCUCUCUCCCUCACAAACUAGAGCGUUUCGACUAUCAGGUAGGAGGCCACUUUGUAUUGAUGAAGCUAGGAGCAUCAAGCGCCAUUUGUAAACCAAGUGGGAAGCGGGAGACUUACUUUUAUCAAAGUAUCCCAGAGGUACUGAGAGAAUUCGUUCCAGCUUUUCACGGAGUAGUAUCAGUUAGCAUACAGAAUGAUGACACAGAGCAGCAAGUCCAGUACGUUGCUACAAGGUAUUACGAAUCAAGUGAUUAUCGAGUCAGUUUGGAGUCCCUGGGCUACUUUGAGGAUGAGAGAGAAGUGUUCCGUUGCUUUAACAAGCCACUCGGGGACAUGAUGACUGUCGUUAGGGACCACCCAGUUGCAUUUUCCCUCGGUAAUGAAGAGCAUUUCCACAAUCCUUUAUCAUCAGUUCGGCUCCAGACAUUAAGUAACAUAUUAAAGAAACAGGAUAAAUUCAAGCAAUAUGAUUACAUUGUACUUGAGGACCUAACGGAGGCCUUUAGUUGUCCAUGCAUAAUCGAUCUUAAACUUGGCAUUCGUUGCCACGGGGAUUUGGGAAAUCCUGAAAAACAUUUGAGAAGAUCCAAAGAGACCACAUCCUUAUCUCUUGGCGUUCGGUUCAUAGGAAUGCUGGUGUACAGCAACUCAGACAACACCUACAAGUUCUAUGACAAAUAUGUCGGCCAAAAGCAUCUCACGGAAGAAACCUUCUUCAAUUACUUGAAACUUUUCUUCUUUGAUGGAAAAGAAUAUCAUUUUGAGGUGAUUGAGGAGCUAGUAAAAAGACUUCAAAAACUGAGGGACACCAUCAGUCAACUGGAGACAUAUCGAUUCUUCUCCACUUCACUUUUGCUGAUGUACGAAGGGAAGAGAAAGGCAGGAAGAAGAACAGAUAUGAGUAAUGGAAGCAUCUCAACAGAGACUUCUAACCCAGCUCCUCCUGAAACCAAUCCCCCGUUAGUUCAAGCAAAACUGAUUGAUUUUGAAAACUUGACCCAAGGAUCAUAUACUAACGACCCAAUAAAGUACACAGGCCCUGACUCGGGGGCAAUUAAAGGUCUAACGACAGUGAUAGUAUUCCUUCAGUCAAUUUUAUUAACACAAGAAACAUGUACAAGCAUUUCAUAAAAUGAGACACAGUAGAAUCUA